UUUUUCCGACGCCUUUUAAGCCUAAAACCACAUCCUUGUUUGCGACCACAACCAGUUCUCUCUCUUCUCUCUCUCUCUAUACAAAUCAAGAGCACAUGUUUGAUUCUCUCUGUCUGUCUAUCUGAUUAUCAAUUUGUUUGAUUCGUUUCUUACCCUUUUGAUUUCUAAACAUGUCAUUCACCAGAAAGUGAAUCAGAUACAGAAUUUCUAGUCAGAAGAUACAUCCACCAACGGGUCUUUCUUUUGGAUGAUGACGUCGAAUCCUUUGCCUGCCCGUGAAUCAUCGAUGAUGAUGAUACGGAGGAGGAAUAAGAUGAAAUCUCGAAUCGUUAAUGAUCAGAUUCAGAAUCCAAAUACCUCUAAUCAAUGGAAAUCCGAGGCCAGGCAACAACUUUACUCUACCAAACUGUUGCAGGCUCUCCGUCAUGUUCGGUUAAACUCUCAUCCAUCUCGUGGCGGCGGCGGUGGCGGCGGGGGGAAAGUUGUGAGAGAGACCGCCGACCGGGUUUUGGCCACGACGGCGAAAGGAAGGAGCAGAUGGAGCCGGGCUAUUCUGACUAACCGACUUAAGAUGAAAUUCAUGAAGAAAAGAAGACAGAGAGCUAAGGCGGCGACAUUGUCUGCUAUAAACAGGCCGAGGAAACCUAGAUUGAGUAUCUUAAAGCUGAAAUCAAAGAAUUUACCUGCGGUUCAGAGGAAAGUUCGGCUUUUGGGAAGGUUGGUACCUGGAUGCCGUAAAGAGCAGCUUCCUGUGAUUCUUGAAGAAACAAUUGAUUAUAUAUCUGCUUUACAGAUGCAGAUCAGAGCCAUUAACAACCUGCUGCUGGCUUCUACCUCAGGCGCCGCCGCCGGCCCAAGCUGAUUUGAGAAUAUCUCUGUUUGUCUUUGUUUAUGUAAAUCGCAUUUCUGUUUCAUUUCUUUCCUUGUGCUCCAUUUGGUAAUGACAAAUUCAAUGUAAUUUAUUAGGAAGAAAAAGGGUUGAUGUCAUAGAUGGAAAAUAAUACUGUUAAAGAUGAUGAUGGUGAUGAUGAUAUUGAUUGAACCAAUAAUACAAACAAGAACAGGUUGAGAUUUAUUAAACAUAAUAUGUAUGUGGGUACUUAAUUAAUGAAUCAUCUUGUUAAUUUGUUGUUCUAAA